AUGGCCGACACUGAGCAGCAGCCCAAGCUCGUUGACGAGUCUCCCAUCUCUCCCGUAGAACGACGAAACUCCCUGGAAGCUCACCUCAAGCACCGCCCCGAACGCUCCGAGCUCGUAGAGAAAAACAUCCUUCCAGCCUCUACGGCAGCUCCAGGCCUCCAGGCGCAUCAAAAAGAGCUUGAGAAGCACAUGCUCGAGGAUAAGCUUAACGACAAGAUUUCACACCGUCCAGACCCAGAGGCUCUCAUUAAGGAGGGUGUUUUGCACGACGACCCGCGUACUGUUGCCCAGGACGAAGCAGCGAAAAAGUACGAAGAGGCCAUCGAAGACGAGUAUGCCAAGCGUGAGGGUGGCGCUUGA